CAACGGAGGAGGGCCCCACUCAAAAGGAAGUUCAUAAACAACUUGUUUCAAAGCCCUCAUGCAUUAUUCACCUUGAACGUCCACACUCCAAGAGAGAACAGACCAUCAGUCCACAAUUCAUCUAUUUGCCUUACUCAGUGUACUCUUUGCAGUCAUCAUGCCAAGCCAGCUGGAGGGAGCAAUGGAUGCUCUGAUCCGUGUGUUUUACAACUACUCAGGUAACGAUGGGGACAAAUUCAAACUGAACAAAGGCGAGCUGAAAGAGCUUCUGAACAGUGAGCUCACUGAAUUCCUAACAUCGCAGAAGGACCCUAUGUUAGUGGAGAAGAUUAUGAAUGAUCUUGACUCCAAUAAAGACAAUGAGGUCGAUUUUAACGAAUUUGUGGUACUGGUGGCGGCAUUAACUGUCGCCUGCAACGACUUCUUUCAGGAAUCGCAGAAAAUGAAAUGAGAGUGAAGAACAUCAAACUAUGAUAAAACUGCUCUAUUAGCUUGUGAUUGUACAUGUGCAUUAUUAUAGUGUGCAAUUCCUUGUGUGCAUGACUGUGUGUGUUGGUUUUAUGUGUGUAUCUGAAUCAGAAUACUUUCCCCUUAACUUAUGCUCACUGGAAAUAAUUAAUUUGUUAAAUUUAUAAAUUAAAUACUUGUCUAUUGGAUUGAAAAUGAAACAGACUUGAUUACUUUUGCUUAAAAUCUGAUUUAGCAUUCAUUUAAAUACUUGCAUUAACCACAUUGGCCAAAUCAGAGCAUCCCUGUUGUGUGAAUUAUAGUUUGUAAUAGAUUUGAUUAAACAGUAAAUAAGUUAAUAAAUGUAAUUAAAAUAGUAUGCAGUGAAUUUAAUAAAACCUGU